AUGGAUACCCAAACAUAUGCAUCCACUUUUGACCAAAUCCGAGUCGCACCGUUUCUUACUUUCAUCUCGUCCGUCUUUUCCCUCUUCUCGGCAUAUCAUUCAACCAACGCGAGCGUUGCAGCCUCAUUCUAUCUGUUCGUCAUGUUCUUCUCUCAACGCUCCAUCUCCCGCUUUGCCAUCACACUCCUCACAAUCUCGUCGUUCGUAUUCGCCGCACCGCUUCCAGCCGAGCAAGCCCUCGGCACACGCACACUACCAGACCUUAUCAACCCCAUGGACAACAUAACCCUUAAAUCGCGCAAAUUGACCGCCCGACGAAUCGCAGCCACGGCGACCCAGGCGCGCAUCAAUAAAGCGCUGACCCAGGAACAGCUCGCGGCUAAAGCAGGCGUUCCGCUUGCCAACGUCGUGUCUGUUGAAAACUUUCGCGUCACCAAAGUCAACCUACGCAAGAUUGAGCGCGUACUGGGCCUCCGCUUGACCUUACCUCGCCGCGCUGUCGACGAGGACACUGCAUACAUGGAGGAAGAGCUCGAGUGA